UGUACAUAUUUAGUAUUUUUAUGAUAGCAUGCACUUUGUAUGAUCUUUGUGUCUCUUUCGGGUUGUAGUUUGAUGUAAUGUAUUUUGGAUUGUCUGGUAAAUAAUAACCCUUGCUCGCUAUAAUCCCUCUGGCGUCAACGUGUAUUCUUUUGAUUCUGUUUUAUCACUACAUAGAAAUAAAAAACAUAGAAAUAAAUAAUAAUUGUGACCGAGAUGACUCGACAUGGGAAGAACUGUACAGCAGGAGCUGUUUACACUUAUCACGAGAAGAGGAAAGACACCGCGGCGUCUGGUUAUGGGACACAGAGUGUGCGUCUGGGAAAAGAUGCAAUAAAAGAUUUUGACUGCUGCUGUCUGUCGUUACAGCCCUGUAGGGACCCAGUUAUAACUGAAGAUGGAUACAUAUAUGAAAAAGAAGCCAUUCUGCAAUACAUCCUUCACCAAAAGACAGAGAUUGCUAAGAAAAUGAAGAAAUAUGAGAAGCAGAAACAGGCUUUGAAGAGUGAGGGGCAGCUGGAGUCCAAGUCUGAGGAAAGACAGAGAGCAGAGAAGUUCAAACAGAGAGAGAACAACAUUGUCUCCAAGCCAAUCAACCCCUUUACCUCAGGUAAAUCUAAAGGCGAUGGAAUCCCAAAGAGCUCACCGAGCUCCUCCACUUCUGAUGCUUCAGCGGGGGAGUCCAGUUCUUCUUCAGCCCUGCCCAGCUUCUGGAUCCCCAGCCUCACACCAGAGGCCAAGCCCACCUUGCUUAAAAAACCUUCAAAGGCAGUGUUGUGCCCCAUGUCAGGGCGUCCUUUGAAGAUGAGUGAUUUGAUUUCUGUGUGCUUUACUCCCCUGGACCCUGGUUUGGACAGAGUGGCCCUCCUCACACGGCAGGACAGAUAUGUGUGUGCAGUAACCAAAGACACUCUUGGGAACUCUGUGCCCUGUGCAGUUCUCAGGCCCUCUGGAGCGGUAGUCACUAUGGAGUCUGUAGAGAAGCUCAUACGGAAAGAUAUGAUUGAUCCAAUCACAGGAGACAAACUGAAAGACAAGGACAUCAUACCUUUUCAAAGGGGUGGGACUGGAUUUGCAGGUUCAGGUGUGGAUCUCAAAGCCAAAGAGGCCAGACCUGUCAUGCAAGCAUAAAGGAGAGGAUUGCAGAAAGGAAUGGACCCUGUAAAUGUAUUGAAGAAAUUCUGUUGGGUUUUAUUCAGUAUUUUGUUGUCAUUCAUUUGGUGAAAGGAUGCUGAAUGAAUUUUAAGUCAUUUUCUUGUCCCUAAAAAUACUUUUAAGUUUACAUAUUAAUACACAGGUAAAUGUGUUAUCGUUUUCUUAUUGUAUAAAUCAUGCAAUAUAUGCAAUUUAAAAGUCAUUUGUUCUGGUGUGCUUUUACUCAGUAUUUUGUUGUCAUUCAUUUGGUGAAAGGAAACCAAAUUAAUUUGAAGUUUAGUUUUCUUGCCACUGAAGAUUCAUUCAUGUUUACUUAUAAAUACACAGAUAAAUGUGUUAUAUUUUUCUUUUUUAAUAAAUCAUGCAAUAUACACAAUUUGAAAGUCAUUUGUCUUUUUUAAUAGUUUUUGAGAGAUUUUCUGAUGGUUAUGGGGUUAAAGCUCAUCAUGAUAUUCCAAUAUUAAGGUCCCAAAGUCAGUUAUGGUGCUGACCUUAAUGAAAUCCAUUUUGUCCAUGAUCUCACUGAUAGAAAGACGGCCAUCCUGAAAAUUAUAUCAAGGACACAGACAC